AUGCAUGCACAAUGGCUCAAGGCCGCUGCCCUCAGCACCAAUGAUGGCCUCGUCUCGGUUUCGUCCUGCAUGCUGGGUGUGAGCACAGUUAACCAGUCUGUCAAGGCCACCGUUGUCUCCGGCCUUGCCAGCCUCAUUGCCGGAGCGUUAAGAAUAGCCAUCGGUGAGUACAUCUCCGUCUACUCCCAAGUCGACAUCGAGCUCGCUCAGAUGAAGAGGGAGAGGCUGUUGAGGCAACGGUUAGUGUGCAGUGAGAGGAAAGUUGACAGACUUUCCACUUAUGCAGCAAUUUUUCCUUUGUUGCUUCUUUCCUUUGUUGUUCCCGCCCGUUCCCCUCCAUUAUAUGUUUGUAAGAGGCGUCAUGCCGAUGAAGAGAAGGAGCAGAAGAAGAAGGAGAAGCUGCCGAGCCCUUUACAGGCAGCCGGCGCAUCGGCAUUGGCAUUUGGCAUCGGGGCAGCUGUGCUGUUGCUGGUUGGCGCAUUCAUCAAGCAAUGA